AUGCAUCCACGCCCCACUGCUGAGAAUAUAGCCGUUCUCUCUGCCAUUUUAAACAGAAAUGAACUUAUAUUUGAUGAUGGUGAUGAGGAUGACGACGAUGCUGCUGAUGAUGAUGAUGACGACGACGACAUGAUGAUGAUGAUGAUGAUGAUGAUGAUGAUGAUGAUGAUGAUGAUGAUGGCUGAUGAUGAUGAUGAUGAUGAUGAUGAUGAUGAUGAUGAUGAUGAUGAUGGAUGA